GGAAGUUGGAAGGUAGCAACAGCUCCUCUUUGAUAGCACACCCAAAGAACCGAGUGCUUUGCUAUUAUUUUGAAGACAGCAUGAAGAGAAGAUCUCAGAAGCGGGGCCUCUGAUAUUUAAUACAAAAGAAAGAGUGGAAUUUUUCUUCAUUGGUUGUGAAAAUAAAUCCACAACCUUUGGAGAGCCAGGAACACUAUCCAAACUCUCAUCAGCGUGUUUUGUAAACCUCAGUGGAGAAUCCUCUACGUGGGGCAGUUGGAUUGUCUUCAGCCCUGCCUGCUUCAUACUUGGGAGGUGCCCAGGUCUAAAUUGUUGGCUUCCAUCUCUCACCUAAGCCAAUGGAUUACACACAAGUAUGCAAGUGUUUAUACCUCAAUUUCUUGGUGCUGUCUGGUGUUUGCUACUCCUGUUCAGGUGUUAGCCAGGUGAUCAAGGCAGUGAAAGAAAUGGCAAUAAUGUCCUGUGACUACAACAUUUCUGCCAAAGAACUGGCAAGAGUUCGCAUCUACUGGCAAAAGGAGAAUGAUAUGGUGCUGAGUGUCACACCUGGGUCAACGGAAGUGUGGCCCAAGUACAAGAACCGGACCGUGAUUGACAUCACCAAUAACCUCUCCAUCAUGAUCCUGGAUCUGCGCCUGUCCGACAUGGGCAAAUAUACUUGUGUCGUUCAGAAGCUUGAAAAAGGGUCUUACAAACGGGAACACCUGACUUCGGUGACUUUAUCAAUCAGAGCUUACUUCCCUAAACCUAGUAUAACUGCCUCUGAAACGCCAUCUUCUAACAUUAGAAGAAUAACUUGCUCAACCUCUGGAGGUUUUCCAGAGCCUCAUCUCUCCUGGUUGGAAAAUGAAAAGGAAUUAAAUGCCAUCAACACAACAGUUUCCCAAGAUCCUGAAACUAAGCUCUACACUGUUAGCAGUGAGCUGGAUUUCAAUGUGACAAGCAACCACAGCUUCGUGUGUCUCAUCAAGUAUGGAGAUUUAACAGUGUCACAGACCUACAGCUGGCAAACAGCUAAGCAAGAGGAUUUUCCUGAUAAUCCGCCCUCAUUCCAGACCUCUACAAUCCUGCUAGCAACAGGGAUUUCCACGGCAGUAAUCAUCGCAGCAGUUGCAGUAAUCAUUGCAGUAAUAUGCUACCGUAAGUACAGAUUUGCCCAAAGAAGGAGAAAGAGAAGGAAUGAGGAGGGAUUGGAAAUGGAAAGGAUGUCGCCUAUCUUUAUAGGAUCUGCAGAAGCAUCGGCUGAACAGAUCGUCUGAAGGUCACACCUCCAUUUGCAUUUGAUUUCUGGGAACUUCUUCUGAUGGCCAGGAUUACUGAGCCUUGCCCUUCACGUAUCCUGUUCUCUAGGAGUUUCUUCACUUCAGUUGCUUUUCUGGAAGUCUCUAGAGGAAUAUGGUAGGCACAGAAGUAGCUCCAGUGACCUUGAUCAAGGAGUUUUGAAACACAGAACUCUCGAGGUCUGGAAGAGACUUUAGUCUCAUCGAUGACAAAGGCACUGAGGCCCAAGGAGGUGGCUUGAAUUAUAAAGGCCAGAGCCAGAACCCAGAUUUCUGGUGUUCUCUCCCUUCAUCAGUUUGACUCUGGCCUGUUAACUGGUUGUGUGUGUGUGUGAGACAUCUGUCAAAGUGCUUCUGGAGACAGAAUUUGUCCAACAUCAAGUCAACUUCAGAGACUUGAUCUGAUUUCCUAAUGCAAUUACUGAAGAAAAAUAUUAUGUUGCUAUUUUUAAAAGCCCAAUGUAAUGUGUGGGAAAUAUGAUAAUACAUAUAUCUGCAUGAAGAUAGUGAAAAUAUUAAUGGUGUUUAGCCAGUAUUCCAUUUUUGAGUGUGUUCUCCUUUGUUGUUCUCCCACUUUCCCAUCAGGUGCAGGACAAAGUACAAGUAUCCAAAACCAAUUUCCUCUGACAUGUAAGAUGAGCGAUUUACAUACCUCAAAACAAGUCAGGUUGGAAAAGGAUAGUCUAAAGAUACAAUCAACUGGUUCAUAUUGGACUAAUAAUCUCUUUA